UACUAACUAAUUCUUGCGCCGACACAGAGAGUGUAAGAGAUGGAAAAACUAAUCUUCAGUAUUGUAAUAAUAUUGCUUUUGAGUUUAUUAACCACACAGCAUAAAGUAGUAGCAUCCUCAUCGUGGCAACAAGCUCAUGCAACAUUCUAUGGUGGAAGUGAUGCCUCAGAUACAAUGGGUGGAGCAUGUGGGUAUGGAAAUCUAUACACUGAUGGUUAUGGAGUUAAAACAGCUGCAUUGAGUACUGCUUUGUUCAACGAUGGUAAGGCAUGUGGUGGUUGCUAUCAGAUAGUUUGUGAUGCAACAAAAGUGCCACAAUGGUGCCUAAAGGGCACUUCCAUCACAAUUACUGCCACAAAUUUCUGUCCUCCAAACUAUGCACUCCCUAAUGACAAUGGUGGUUGGUGCAAUCCUCCAAGGCCGCACUUUGACAUGUCUCAACCUGCUUUUGAGAAGAUUGCCAAGUACAAGGCUGGAAUUGUUCCUAUUUUCUACAGAAGAGUUGGGUGCAAAAGAACUGGAGGCAUUAGAUUCACCAUUAAUGGAAGAGACUACUUUGAGCUAGUGCUAAUAAGCAACGUGGGUGGGGCAGGAGAUAUCUCUAAAGUUUGGAUCAAAGGGUCCAAAAUGAACAACUGGGAAACCAUGUCAAGAAAUUGGGGCUCUAACUGGCAAAGCUUGAGCUACCUCAAUGGCCAGAGCUUGUCAUUCAAAAUCCAACUCAGCAAUGGAAGGAUUCGCACAGCAUACAAUGUGGCACCAUCCAAUUGGAACUUUGGCCAGUCUUUCACCAGCAACAUUCAGUUCUAAAUCUUGUGUAAUUAUGUAAUCCAUUUUAAGUGCUAAUCUGUUUGUUCAAAGGAAUGUUUUAAGGUUAGUGUGUGACUUCACAUGGGCAAGAUAUUUUAGGUGUUGUGAAGCUCAUUGACUUGGCUGAUUAAUUUUCUUUUGUUUUUAUGGUUGCUAAAUGAACUUGGGAAACACUUUUAUGUUAUCCCAAAGAUUGAAGAUUGUGAAAUAUUUUGCUGAUUCCAUGAUUCCAUGUAUUCCUCUCUGCCAUAUCUUCUGGACAAUGAAAUAUACUUAUUCAAA